AUGUCUGACGUCUACAAUACUCUUCUUCCUCCCGACGACGACUUCCAGAAGCAUAAAAAGUUUUCAUCUGGCACAUCCCUCAAACAAUACUUUGAUGACAUCAUUCCAUUUGGAGAAUAUGAAGUCCGCGAGGCCCUCGAACGGGAAGUUAAACGGCAUAGGUACUGGAAAAAUAAAACUGUGAAAAAGAUGACAUUUGAUCAACUGGAAAUGAAUUCGUGUCUACAGUAUAUUCUUGAGUCUUAUACAGAAGCUCGUUCAACAUCUGAAGCUACUGAAGCAAUGAAUUUAGCCGGAUUCUCCGAAGCAAGUUCUUCGGGAUCAGCCUGUUUGAGUCCUUGGGAUUUCGAAAUUUCUCCGUCGACAUUAUUCGUCGAUCAGGUCCGAGUGUUCGAAAUGCCUGGAUCGAGCUCGAUCAAUUCGUGUUCGGCGUGCAAUUCCGAAGGAACAAUUCAUUGUUUUCACUGCCGAGGUUGUGGAACCGACAAAUGCUCAUUCUGCAGAGGAACGGGAAUGAAGAGCGGAGUUGCUCAUCCAGCAGUUUACACACAUCCAAUGAUUGCAACAUUCCCACAUGCAGACUUGUCUCGUGGUUACUCAUCAUCAUCGACAGCAAUGGUCCGGCAUGGAAGUCAGUCGUAUGGAGUCGGAACUCCGAUGCACUUCAUGUCGAAAACCGGCGUUCCGCCGCCAGGCAUUGGAACUCAUGAUCUCUGCUACAUGUGUCAUGGUCGAGGAAUCAAAGAGUGUCAUCAUUGCAAAGGAGGAGGAAAAAAGCCGUGCACAUCUUGUGGUGGAACUGGAUCAGUCAGGAGUUAUACUAGGGUUAAAGUCUAUUUCAAAACUGAAAAGUCGGAACACUUUACAAAAUCCGAAGUACCCGAAAAGCUGCUGAUGAAUGCGGGCGGUAAACAAAUAUUCGAAGAGGAAGGCGAAUAUAUUCUGCCAAUAUCCAAAUACCCACAAGAGGAAAUUAAUGAGGUGUCGAAGCAAUUCUGCGCAGCGCAUUUGCAAAAGUGUAUGGGUGUUUGCCGAGUUAUUCGACAACGUCAUGUUCUGAUCGCAAUUCCCGUCUGUAAGGUUCAUUAUACUCUCGGAAGUGAAAAGGGAUUUUUCUUUGUAUACGGCUCGCAGAGAAUGGUCUUCUUUCCCAAUUUCCCAUCAAAAUGCUGCAUAUUGUGA